GCCUUGUUUUGUUUAAGAUACCAUCCAGACUCGACAUGGGGUGCAGGAACUAGAUAGAUAGUCGAUAGAAAAUCAGGGGCACUGCCCCGCAUGCCUCCGCAAGCGAAGACCACCAAAAUAGCCGCGCAGUCAUCACAUCCCAGUGAUCAGAUUCAUCAACAUUCCAAGCUUCCAUCGGAUCGCAUCAUCUGAUUAGCAUACUGCACAAUGGCAUCCCAGCGAAUUCACCUCAUCGGACUAGGAAGCAUUGGGACUCUGAUCGCUCACUCGCUUCGCUCCCUCCCCGCACCCCCGCCCAUAACGAUUUUACUCCAUCGCGAAUCAGCGUACCAAGACUUUGUCUCUGGGGGGAGCAAGCUGCGUCUCCAAAUUGGAGAAAACGGGCCAACACAAGAGACCACCGGGUACGACGCCGAACUCCUACAGGGGGAAUCACCCAUCCAUCACCUAAUUGUAGCGGUCAAGGCGAGCGCAACCAUCCCCGCUCUCAGAUCGAUCCAGCACCGGCUCGGACGGCAUUCCGUGAUCUGUCUCUUCCAAAAUGGCCUAGGGCAAAUCGAAGAGCUCAAUGAGCGCCUAUUCACGGACCCGCUUACACGACCGACCUACAUGUUUGGCAUUAUGCGCCAUGGGGUCUACAUAAAAGCGCCGUUUGAAGCCGUGCUGGCGGGGCUGACCGGAUCAUGCGCUCUGGGGAUCGUCAACAAUGACCAACAGGCAUCCCCAUUAUCUGCUUCUUCGACAGUAUCCGCCCAAUCUCGAUUUCUCAUUAACCGGCUGGUCGAAGCACCGAUCGUCCGAAGCUCCGAACUGCCAUGGAUGGAGCUCCACCAGGCCCAGCUGCUGAAACUCGCGACCAACUGCGUGGUCAAUCCACUGACGGCAUUGCUGGACGUGCGGAACGGCUCGCUGCUAGCUAACUCCGAGCUGCAGGAGAUGCAACGUCAACUUCUCCAGGAGAUCUCGCUGGUGUUCCGUCGUCUUCCGGAGUUUCAGGGUCUGCCCGAUGUGGAGGAACAAUUCUCGGUGGCCAGACUCGAGGAGCAAUUGAUCGGGAACAUUGAGAAGACGGCCAGUAAUUCCAGCAGUAUGCGCGAGGAUGUACGAGCAGGUCGAGCGACAGAGAUUGCAUAUAUCAACGGAUGGAUAGUGCGACGGGGCCAGCAGUUGGGGCUGGACUGUCCUACGAAUCGGUGCCUGACCCAGCUAAUUCUGGCUAAGAGUAGCCAAGGGCGCUAAGCCGGCGAGAAUUUGGUGUGGGAAGGGGGCACUGGGUCCAAAUCAAACAAGCAUAAGCCCAGCAGGCUGAAUGGCCCACAGUCCGUUUUCAGUCCGCGGUAUCAGGGUUAGACCAGCAAUAAACCAGCACUCGCUAGAUAUCUACUACUCUGCUUCUCAUGAGCAUACUAGUAUGCCACAGAUCCAGAUAUGUCUUGGAUAAAUG